UAUAUAUAGAAAGAGAGAGAGAGAGACGGUUAUUAUCUAAUUUAUCUUGAAUUAAUUAUAUAAAUAUGUCUAUUUCUCUAUAUAACUUGGUGAUCGAGUUGUGAAAUAAUUAAGAAAUUAAGAGAGAUGGGGUGGAAGCUGUGUGUGAGAGAGCUGAGACCUCUGCUUCACCUGCUGUUGCCUCUCUGCGUUCACUGGGUCGCCGAAGAGAUGACCGUUUCGGUCCUCGUCGAUGUCACCACCAAAGCUGUGUGUCCCGGACAAUCCACCUGUUCUCAAGCAAUUUACAUCAAUGGUAUUCAGCAAACGGUCGUUGGAAUUUUCAAGAUGGUGGUGCUUCCAGUCCUAGGCCAGCUUUCCGAUGAGCAUGGGCGUAAACCACUGCUUCUUAUUACAAUAUCCACUACUAUAAUUCCUUUUGGUUUACUUGCGAUCAGCGAGUCGAAGGAAUUUGUGUAUGCUUAUUAUGUGAUCCGUACAUUUUCAUAUAUUAUAAGUCAAGGGAGCAUUUUCUGCAUUGCUGUUGCAUAUGCCGCAGAUGUUGUUGAUGACAGUAAGAGAGCUGCAGUUUUCAGUUGGAUUACAGGCCUCUUUUCUGCUUCGCACGUCUUGGGAAAUCUCCUAGCGCGUUUCCUUCCUGAAGAAUACAUUUUCGAGGUUUCGAUUGCUCUCUUGAUCUUUUGUCCGGUCUACAUUCAACUAUUUAUGCCUGAGACAGUUCACCUGACUCCGAAACAGGACAAAAGUUCAUUUUGCUUGCACAAGGCAUUCAAGGUUGUUCAGGAACGAUAUAACUCAAUGAAAUAUGCCGCAAUUAUUGUCAUCAACAGUCCAACACUUAAGGGCAUUUCUCUUGUUUCCUUCUUCUAUGAGAUGGGAAUGACAGGCAUCAGCAGUGUCUUACUGUACUAUCUGAAGUCGGCUUUUGGUUUCAACAAAAAUCAAUUUUCAGAAAUUUUGAUGAUGGUGGGAAUAGGAUCAAUUGUGUCUCAGAUGUUGGUGCUUCCUCUACUCAAUCCAUUGGUCGGAGAGAAAGUGAUACUUUGCUCAUCCUUACUUGCAUCAAUAGCUUAUGCAUUGCUUUAUGGCUUGGCAUGGGCUUCUUGGGUACCAUACCUGAGUGCUUCAUUUGGAGUCAUCUAUUGCCUUGUUAAACCUGCUACUUAUGCUAUUAUAUCAAAAGCUUCAAGCUCGAACGAUCAGGGGAAAGCACAAGGGUUUAUUGCUGGUGUGGAAUCAAUAUCAAGUUUGUUAUCACCACUUGCAAUUAGUCCAUUGACAUCAUUGUUCCUGUCCAGCAAUGCGCCUUUCGACUGCAAAGGUUUCAGUAUUAUCUGUGCAUCGUCAUGCAUGGUGAUUGCCCUCGGUUGUGCUUGGAUGCUAAAACCAGAAGCACCACCAAAGAAUGAUUUGGAGGCUAAUGUAGAUAACAUUGAAUCGCCACUUCUGUCAUAGAAGGUGGCAGUAUAAUCCUAGAUACUCCUCUUAGGCUGCAAUGUAAUCAAAUUUUGAUGUUUCUUGUGCCAAGUGUUGUCGCUAAUAUAGAAUGUAAAUAUCUAUGUAGUCUGCCAUUUUCUGCUAGUUUCAUUCUCUCAUAGAAAAUAUAGAACAUUGAAUUGUUUCUCCUGCAACAGGAGAAUGUAUUGUAAUUAUUUUUCAUGCUCCACAUAAGAGUGGUGUGUUAAAUGAUCUAAAGGUAUGUGAUGUCACGAAAAUAAGUGAAGCAAAUUCUAAUUUAUUGUUA